AUGGAUGCAAAGUCAGUGAAGAUGAAUAAAGAAAUUUACGGAAAAACUUGUAUAUACUGGCGAGCUGGGAGAUGUAAUAGAAAUCCGUGCAAAUUUAUGCACGCAGAAACACCGUCUACACAUACUUCCUAUCCCGGUAUCAAUGCCAAAAGCAAAAUUUGUGGGAAAAAGCAUCAUUCAUCUUAUAAGAUUAUCUCCAAGUCCAAGAAAACUUUGGUUCAAAAGAGUGAAGAUAGAGACGGGACAAAUGUUGUAGUGUCCAAGAAAUCAUCUCGUACUAUAUGUAAGUAUUGGACCAACAACAGGUGUUUGUAUAGUGAACAAUGCAUCAAUUUGCAUUCAUGGUUUCAAAGUGAUGAAUUUUCCACAAUAGCAGAGCUUCACCAACAUAAAAAGGCUAUAACUGGAAUUACACUUCUAGCUGGAACCAACAAACUUUAUUCUGGAAGCACUGAUGGCACUGUUCGGAUAUGGGAUUGCCAUACAGGUCAAUCCCUUAAAGUCAUAAAUUUUGGCACAGAGGUUAACUCUUUGAUAAGUGAGGGGCCAUGGAUUUUUGUUGGUUUGAAGAAUGCUAUCAAGGCUUUUAAUACCAAGACCAAUUUAGAGUACACUCUUGAUGGACCCAAAGGACGGAUCCUUCACAUGGCUGUUGGAAACGACAUCCUGUUUGCUGGGGCAGAGGAUGGUGUCAUUACUGCAUGGAGAGAAAGCUCUGAAACUAAGUCUCCUUUUGAAUUGGCUGGCUCACUGAUUGGCCACACUGAAUCUGUGGUUUGCCUAAUUGUUUCCCUAAAUGUUGGAUGGAAUAUGUUGUAUUCGGGAUCCAUGGACCAAAGCAUAAAGGUCUGGAACAUAGAUACAUUACAAUGUACAAUGACACUUAAUGAACAUAUUGGUGUAGUCACAUCCCUUCUCUGUUGGGAAAAAUAUUUGUUUUCAAGUUCAUAUGAUGGGACAAUUAAAAUCUGGGCAAUGACAGAAGUGGGAACUUUGGCUGUGGUAUAUACACACAACGAACAAAGCGGUAUUAUAUCACUUUUUGGGAUGCAUGAUGCAAAUGGCAAGCCAAUAUUAUUUUCCUCUUGUACAGGAAAUUUAGUUUGCAUGUACGAAUUGCCAUCAUUUUCAGAGAGGGGCCGUUUAUUUGCUAAGAAAGAGAUUACAUCAUUUGGGUUAGUCGCUGAUGGAGGACUCUUUCUCACUGGAGAUGGGACUGGUUUGCUUAGGGUGUGGAAAUGGAAUGAGUUACCUAAGGUGGCAUCUAAUUAA